AUGCUGCCUCGAGAGGCCCGGGGCGCGGCCGCAGAGCUCAGCCCGGGCUGCGGGUGGCGGGCGAGGAGGCUCGGGCUCCCGGAGGGGCGGCGGGGCUCGCCAGAGCGCAUCCCUCGGAGGUGCCGCCGAGAUCCGGCUCCUGCUGGGGCCGCCGCAAACGAGACCACGCCCCCCCCACCGGCUGCUUCUCGCUUCCAGAAACAGCAGGAGGGGUGGGGGGCUCUUAAGGCCCCAGGCUGUCGAAGUGGAAGAGCAAGUCGGACACCAGUCAGGGGCCCAGGCCCGCUCUGCCAGGGAGGGCGCCGAGGUCCCCGGGCCGCGAAGACUAGCCGCAGCCGCGGGGAGGGGGGGCGAGCCACCUGCGCGGGCCCCGCCCCCCGAGGAGAGCCACCUGCGCGGGCCCCGCCCCCGAGGAGCGCCACCUGCGCGGGCCCCGCCCCCCGAGGAGCGCCACCUGCGCGGGCCCCGCCCCCCGAGGAGCGCCACCUGCGCGGGCCCCGCCCCCCGAGGAGCGCCACCUGCGCGGGCCCCGCCCCCCGAGGAGAGCCCACCUUGCUGCGGGCCCCGCCCCCCGAGGAUCGCCAACCUGCGCGGUGCCCCGCCCCCCCGAGGAGCGCCACCUGCGGAGGGCCCCCGCCCCCCGAGGAGAGCCACCUGCGCGGGCCCCGCCCCCCGAGGAGAGCCACCUGCGCGGGCCCCGCCCCCGAGGAGAGCCACCUGCGCGGGCCCCGCCCCCGAGGAGAGCCACCUGCGCGGGCCCCGCCCCCCGAGGAGAGCCACCUGCGCGGGCCCCCGGCCCCCCGAGGAGAGCCACCUGCGCGGGCCCCGCCCCCCGAGGAGAGCCACCUGCGCGGGUCCCCGCCCCCGAGGAGCGCCACCUGCGCGGGCCCCGCCCCCCGAGGAGCGCCACCUGCGCGGGCCCCGCCCCCCGAGGAGCGCCAACCUGCGCGGGCCCCGCCCCCCCGAGGAGCGCCACCUGCGCGGGCCCCGCCCCCCGAGGAGCGCCACCUGCGCGGGCCCCGCCCCCCGAGGAGCGCCACCUGCGGAGGCCCCGCCCCCCGAGGAGAGCCACCUGCGCGGGCCCCGCCCCCCGAGGAGAGCCACCUGCGCGGGCCCCGCCCCGAGGAGAGCCACCUGCGCGGGCCCCGCCCCCGAGGAGAGCCACCUGCGCGGGCCCCGCCCCCGAGGAGAGCCACCUGCGCGGGCCCCGCCCCCCGAGGAGAGCCACCUGCGGAGGCCCCGCCCCCCGAGGAGAGCCACCUGCGCGGGCCCCGCCCCCCGAGGAGAGCCACCUGCGCGGGCCCCGCCCCGAGGAGAGCCACCUGCGCGGGCCCCGCCCCCGAGGAGAGCCACCUGCGCGGGCCCCGCCCCCGAGGAGAGCCACCUGCGCGGGCCCCGCCCCCCGAGGAGAGCCACCUGCGCGGGCCCCGCCCCCCGAGGAGAGCCACCUGCGCGGGCCCCGCCCCCCGAGGAGCGCCACCUGCGGAGGCCCCGCCCCCGAGGAGCGCCCCGCCCGCCGCACCGGUGCCGGCUGUCCUCGUGGGCGCCGUCGCCCGCUCCUCCACGACCCAGCGCGGGUCGCCUCGGCCCCCCUUGGCCAGGUCUGCGCCCGCGGCGUCGGCGUCGGCGGACGAGAAGCCAGGACCGCGGCGCGGGCGGCCGUGCGGCUCCGCAGCGAGGUUUCCCGCCUCCGAGCCGGGGCCGCGGCGUUCGCGGCGCCCAGAGAGGGUCGGAGAGCCCCGCCCCUGCGCCGCCCGGCCGGGCCCGCUGCAGGCGCGGAGGGAGCGGGGGCCCGGCGGGCGGGCCCGGGUCGGGGCGGGGGGGGGUGCGGGGGGCUGA